AUGUCCUUACUACGAAUCGCUAGUAAACUGGUUUCAUCACCAAUAGCAUGUGGAUUUAUAAACAAAAGUAUACAAAAUCGAGAAAUUCAUCGAUAUGUUAUGCCUACAUUACGAGAAAUACGUAGAAGAAGAAAAAUUCUUGGACCUCGGCCUAUUCCUCGUCGAUCUGAAUUCAUUGAUUGGAAUUAUGAGGCUGAAAUAUAUGCAUUUGGAGUUCGUCUUCAUGAGACGUUUGCUCCUGCUCUGCUUCAACAAGCAUUUGUCGAUCGCUCAUAUAUUGUUCAAGAGGAAAUGAAGCAACGAUCUGUUGGAAUUGAAACACCAGUUCUUCAACUCACAGACAAUUCAAUGUUGGUUCAAAAGGGAGACACACUGUUGACAGAGUUCAUUGUAACUUACUUGAAUAUUUCACUUCCGAACUUUCCCCGUGAUGGUAUUAAGGGAAUCUACAAGCAUCUUGUAUCAGAUGAGGUACUUGCUGAUAUUUCAUUUCAUUUAGGAACAAAAGAUUUGAUCUUGUCAGCAAACUAUCCACCACGAAAGGAAACACUGGCUAAAAGCCUCAAAGCUGUUAUUGGAGCGCUUGCUGAAUCGUCAGGUGAAAUGCGUGCCUACGAGUUUAUCAGAGACCUUAUAGUGACUAGAUUGAAUCAAAAAGAUGUCAAUAACUACUGGAAAGUUGAUAAUCCUGUUGAGCUUCUUCAAGAAAUUUGUAAAGAGAAAAAACUUGGAGAACCGGAACCGCGACUCAUAGCUGAAGUCGGAAAGAACACUCUUUUGGCAGCUUAUCAUGUUGGCUUUUACUCGAACAAGAAAAUGCUUGGAUCUGGCUUUGGUGAAGAUAUUACUGUCGCAACAGAACAAGCAGCGCUUGAUUCAUUAAGAAAUUUCUUUAACACAAAUUUAAAUAUGAAACCUUUGAACUUCAAAAUGCCAGUCGAAAUAGUAAUGAAAGCUUUGAAGAAACCUUCAGUUGCAAGUGUUGAGAAAAUGUGA